UACGAGACAGACAUCGGCUUCACUAACGUUGACAGAACGAAACAAAAACGUAUAAGUUUAUCAUUACAGUGCAAAGUAACUGUUUCAAAAAAAAUUUGUAAUAUCCAGCCACUAGUACUGAAGGACCAAAUACAUAAAGAGGGAGUCACUUCAGGCGCUAGGAAUAGCAAGACUAGCAAGUAUUUACCUCUCUCUCCUCAGGUAAGGGAGAUGUACCAUCUGAGGUGUACAGCGGGGCGGUUAGCAGCAGCUGCAGAGAGGUCUGCAGCACCCAAGGGGAGGAGACGGAAGAAAGCUACAGUGAUUAGAGAGGGCCACCUCAACCCUGCUCGUACCAGGUCAGCAGCAGCCGCAGAAAGGUCAGCAGGAGGAGACAAAGGGCAACCCAGGAAGACACAGUCCUCUGUGGGCCUGACACUGGCCAAUUCCUCUUCUCUCUCUUUUUCUACACUGUCCAAAAUGAAUAAGAGUCAACUGAUAGCAACGAUCAAACGUUUAGAACUGGAGAAAAAGUCACGACAUCUACCCCCACCUAAGGUAAGUUUUCAUGUGUCCAAGAAACUUAGAGCAUUUUGCUCUCUUGCUGCAGACACUGAGAGCAAAAGCAGGAAGAUUGGUAAAGGAACACGGAGAUGUGAUGUGUUCGGUAUGCGAGCAUGUAGUCAGGACCAGCAGAGGAUUUAUAGCACAUACACAGAGAAAAGGACAAACUAAGUGCAGGAGAGCAAAUGCAGUACCGCCUGAUUAGCUCCUCUUCACUGACGUCCCCAUCCUCCCCUUCCUUUUUCUAUGCUCUCUUAACUUUCUAAGCUCCUCCCAUCCUCCUUAAAAUUAUCAUCAGUUUGUGUUUGUUUUGUUAUUAGACAUCCCUCUCCUCUCUUUGUGUUAUCAUAAUUGCCGUAUUGCCCAUCUAUCUGCUCUUCUCUUCUUCCCACUCCACCCCACUGACUCACAUGCCUUUCAUGACCAGCAACAGGUUCAGCUAUAUACUCCAAAGAGAUUACAUGUUAGAAUUAGUCAGAUGCUGGCAUAUAUAAUAUUAUUUGCAAAUCUAUCUCGGUGCACAGAUGCGUAGUGCUUAAAAUACUGGCUGAGGCUGCAUAUUUCCUCCGUUUACACAGUCAUUACCAACACUGCUGCCAAUAGUACAACUUCCUUCGUAAAUGACACCUCUUCCUCUUAAGCCUAAAUAAAUA